AUGUCGGAUGGCCGCAAUCCGAAUCGCCGGCCCGCUGAUUGGCUUGAACCACAGCUCUAUACGAGUACACAGGAACGCGAGCCCGAGAUCUGCUAUGGUGAAGUUAUUGUCAGCAUUGGAAUACUUUGCCUGUAUUUGCUCACUGCCAUUAGUUUCACUCAUGCCCUAGGCCAGCGACCAUCUGAGCUCCGUAUCCAAACUUCCAGUGGGACGGUACAUGGUAUCUACAAUGACACUGCGACUACCGUCAGAGGCUUCCUCGGAAUUCCAUAUGCGGAACCCCCGAUGAAUGAACUACGAUUUGCACCACCACGAGAAAAAUCACCCUCCUCUUCCCCAAUCGAUGCCUCGUCAUUCAGCAGUCCUUGUCCGCAGACAUGGAGUUGGUCGAACAAGUCGAUCCUAGAUGUCCUUCCGUACAACGUAUGGAAUUCAGCGGCAAUUUCGGAAGAUUGUCUAUACCUAAAUGUGUGGGCUCCUGCCGCAAAUCACCGUGACCGAAUGGUAGACAGCAAGGCGGCCGUGAUGGUAUUUAUCCACGGUGGUGACUUUGGAUUUGGUGGCACAUCAGUCGCCUACUACGAUGGCUCCAAUAUCGUGCGCGAUAAUGAGAAGAUCAUCGUAAUCACUAUCAACUAUCGACUCAAUGUAUUUGGCUUUCCGAAUGCCCCCGGAUUAGAGCCUUCAAGGCGGAAUCUCGGAUUGCAAGAUCAAAGGUUGGCAAUCGAGUGGAUCUACGAUAACAUCGCUCAAUUCGGAGGCGAUCCGGGACGCAUCAUACUCUUCGGACAAUCAGUUGGGGCAGCUUCUGCUGACAUAUACUCCUAUGCAUAUCCAGAUAAUCCAUUGAUCACAGGGAUAAUUAUGCAGUCAGGAACUUACACUACAGGGCCUAUAUUUCGAAGUGAGAAUAAUUGGAACCGUCUCUCGAAUGCUGUCGGUUGUGAUUCCGGGUUGGAUUUGAUGGGCUGCAUGAUGCGAAUCCCAAUGAGCAAGAUCGUUGGCACCAUGGCCAAGGGGAACUAUACUUUCCUUCCGACCGACGAUGGAUUAACCUUUUUCAAAGAUUUCCGGGCUAGAGCCAAGGAAGGAAAAAUGGCAGACUUGCCAACACUAGCAGGCUUCAAUAAUAAGGAACUGGCAUUCAUCUAUCCUUUGCAGGCAAGUUCUAUCAACGAGUCGAGCGUGCGCCAAGAUUCUCAGGCGUCCUUCAACUGCCCCCUUCUCGAAGAUUUGCAGUAG